UCCGCCAUGUCGCGCUACCGUCGGCCCCGACAUCACACCUACGAUUACAACUACAAGGUGGGCGAGAGCAGCUACCAGGACAUGCUCGCCUACCUGGACCGCAAGCAGGGGCUCCGCUCGGCCAGCCCGCCGCCCGGCAGAAAGUCGUUCGCCGAACGGUUCGUCGAGAAGCCCAUCUACGGCGACGUGGGCGCGCUGGCGCUCGGCUCGGCCGCCGGCAGACCGCUCGCCGGCGGCUCGGUGGACGGGGAGGGGCGCGCCGCGCUCGCAGAUGCCGAUCUGGAAGCCGAGGAGUUCAUUGCCGCACUGAAGCGACGGCCGCGCGCGCAGGCCAACGGGCCGUCGGCGCUGGCCGGUGAGCCGGGCGAGGACCUGGGCACACGCACCCGGCGCGCCCUGCAGAAGAUCGACGCAGAUUUCGAGGCCAUGGGUCUGUUCGACCGGGCGCCGGCGGCGUCGGCGGCGCUGGCGGUGCGCGAAGACGGCGAGGAGGCGGCUCUGAGCUCAGCCAAGGUCAGCUCGGCGCGGGUCAGCGCCGCCGUCUCCUCAGAGAAGGUAGCUGCCUCGGAGGAGACGUCGGCGACCAGGGCCAGGCGCUCGGUCCGGUACCGCGCCGCCAUGAGUGCCUCGCUGUACCCGGCGCUGGGGCGCCGUAACAACCUGCUGCGCUCCCUGCGCGCCGAGGCGGCCGUCGACCGCUCCUUCUACGACCCGGCCGUGGACCGUCAGACGCUCUACAGCCUGCCGCAGCGCGCCCGCUUCUGGCCCGGCUCGGACACCCUGUACGGCGACGAGUGGCAGUACUGGUACGGCGACAUCGCCAUCCCGGAGGAGCUGAGCCGGCCGCGCCGCCGGCCCAGCUGCCUCGACGACGAGCAGGGCCUCAACGAGCGCCUGCUGCGCAAGAUGCGCAGUGACAAGGGCGAGUUCUCGUCGGGGUCGGCGCAGCGGCGCUCCUCGGCCAGCCGUAUAGAGUCGGUGGCGGACGCCGCCGAGAGCAGCAUGGAGCACCUGGCGCGCGCCCGCUCCCUGCGCGCCAGCUCCGUCAGCCGGCUGCAGGCCACCCGCGACAGCAUGGAGCGCGACGCCAGAGCUAUCAGGGCGUCGUCUCUGUCGCGGCGCGCCGUGACGCCGUCGUUCAGCGAGGACCCGUACGCCGACAUUGACAUCCCGGAGGAGCUGACCCGGCCGCGCCGCCGGCCCGUCUCACUGCAGCGCGAGAGCGACGCGCUGGUCUCGGCCGAGGAGGCCUCCGCCGCCAGCCGCGCCUCCAAGUAUCUGCGCUCGGUGCGCUCCGUCUCUGUGCAGAAGAUGAGCUCCUCGGAGCAGCAGACCAGCUCCCAGGAGAUCCGCUCCAGCGCGCGCGGCCGCUCGGCGCUGCGCAGCUCGGCCGCCGCCGCUGCCGACUCCGAGUACCUCGGCCUGGACGGCAACAAGGUGUACGUGCCGCCGUGGCUGGAGAACCACCCGAUCCCGGACCCGCCGCAGCGGCGCGCGCCGCCCGCAGGCGCCAUCUGGCCCGAGAAGCGGCCCUUCUACGACCUCAAGAACGACUACGACGCCAUGCUCUCCUACAUGGGCGUCACCAAGGAGCUGAAGAAGGCCGUGGGCGCCGCCUAGGGAGGCUCGGAGGCCGGCGGGGGCGGACUGGCGGCGCCACUGAAGGUCGGACAGCGGGGGCGUCCGGCCGACAGCGGGCGGCGCUGGCACCGGCCGGACAGCGGGGGGCACCGGCACCGGCGCCGGCCCGGACAGCGACUAGAUCGGCACGGGAUUCUCAGAAGCUUCCUCUGUUUCUUAAAACAUAGCCACGAACGCUUUUGUUAGUUCCCACGGAGUUGCAGCUUUCACUAUCAGCACUGGUAGCUGUAGUUGGACUCGAAAGAUGCUGUGACAGAAAAUACCAACGAACGACCGAGAGGGACGUAGAAUGUGCCUCCAGGCACAGUGGGAGGUCACUAUGAGGUAAUUUGUUUUUCUUUUUCACCGGUUGUAGUCAGAGUUCACGGUUAGAGACGGUACAGUGGUGGGGCCGCGUCUAGCCGUGUUCUUCUAUCCCCUUUUGCUGUAAAUCUUUAGGUCACCUACCGAGCGAGACUGAAGUGCGAAUGUCUCACCCUUGUGUUUAGGGCCUUUGGUCUCACCAAAGGAAUGCAUCCAACAAUAAGAAAAGAUAAAUAAAUACAAUUGUGAUCUAGCUAAAAUGAGACACGAGCUAGUAUCCCAGCGUCUGAUCUGACCACUGUAAAUACUUCCGCGUGACCUUGUUGACCUCCACAGACGUGUGUAAGAGAGCCCUCCCACCACCACCCUCCAUUCCUGCAUUUACCUUCCCAUGUGCUCCCAUGUAGAUUGGAUUGUUAUUAGGAGGAGACUGCCAGUGUUCGCAUCAACAUCCUCUGCGCGAGGUUCGGACACCGACCGUUAAUGUAGUAGGUAUGCAUCUGAAGAGCGGGCCCAAUCGGUCGAGAGGUUAGACAUGUCUGCUCCCCUGAAUUGGACCGGUCUCGGGAUGAUCAGCAUGUGCGGGCAGCAAGCGUCUGAAGACACUUGAACCUUACGUCGCUACAUGUGGUAUUUGGAAAAUACUACUCGACUGAGUGAGUACCUAUACCAAGUAGGAAGAAAAGAACUCUUUCGUCCUAUCACCAGAAGUGCUUUCAUUGUUUGACAUCAGGGCAAGCGUAGCCAGCGAAAAGGCACGCUUCUGUUGCUUGUUUGUUAUAAACGGCUUCUAAAAUACACGUUUUUAGAUUAU